UGUUCUAGUUUGGACCACUGCCACCGUUGGAGGAGAUAUGCCUAUUGCCCAGACUCACUUGCUGCGUCUUGAUUACGCUCAACUGGCGACUUGUUUACUAUAAAUAUGCACAGUGGGCAUCAGGGAAGCCCGGGGUGGACUAAAAACGUUGGUCACGCCAUAAAAGCAGGCGUUCUCCUCGCAUUAAGACGGCAAGGUUGUCCGACCAUUGUGUAGACCUAUAUCAGUAAAUAGGUCGUAGUUGGUGGCCUGAAGAUGCUUCUGUCUCCCAUCCGUUGUAUCAUCCUUCUCCUCCUUGUGAACUUCGUCUAUUCUGGACGAGUUCUGAGGAAGAUCAAGGAGCACGUGCGUAAAAUCCAGUAUGAGAAAACGAAGAAUAAUGUGCUGAUGAGCGCAGUCAACGGGCAUAAGCCCAUGAGCGAAGUGAGAGACGGGAAAAUUCACCAACCCCUGGACCACUUCGACAGUCAAAACGAUGAAACAUUUCCUCAGAGGUUUUUCGUGAAUGAAGCCUAUUGGGAGCGUCCUCAUGGCCCAGUGUUCCUGUUCAUCGGAGGGGAGGGCCCCAUCUCUGAGUUCAAUGUGCUGGCAGGCCACCAUGUGGACAUGGCUGAGGAGCAUGGGGCUCUGCUUGUGGCCCUGGAGCAUCGUUUCUAUGGCGAGAGCAUCAACAAAGAUGGCCUGGAGACUGAGAACCUGGGAGACCUGUCCAGCCAGCAGGCUCUUGCCGACGUCGCAGAAUUCCAUCAAUACAUCAGCGAUCGCUUUGACCUCUCUGACAAGAAUACCUGGAUCAGCUUUGGAGGUUCCUAUGCUGGGGCCUUGUCUGCCUGGCUCAGGGGAAAGUUCCCUCACCUGGUCUACGGUGCUGUGGCUUCCUCUGCUCCUGUCAAAGCCAAACUGGACUUCUCCACCUUCAACAAAGUGGUGGGUCUGAGCCUUGCGGACGAGGACGUUGGAGGUUCAGAUAAGUGUGUGGGGGACAUCUGGGAGGCCUUUGCUGCCGUGGAGGCCGCCCUGUUUGCAGGAAAUGCCACUGAGGUGGGGAAGGACUUUGGGUGCUGUGAGAUCCCUGAGAAUCUGGAGGACCAGAUCGAGGUCAUGCAGAGCCUGGCCGACAUCGUCAUGGGAACCGUGGAGUACAACGAGGAGGGGGGAAUCCUGACUAUUGAGGAGAUCUGUAAAAUAAUGACCAAUGAGACAGAGACCUACGAUUCGGAGACUGAGGCAUACGACCGGCUGAUCAAGCUGGUGCAGAUCUACCGGGCCACAGGCGAGGAGCCCUGUCUGGAUGCGUCCCACAAGCAGACCAUCCAGGACCUGAGUGACACGAAUCUGGACUCUGCCUACAAUGGAGAGAGACAGUGGUACUACCAGACCUGCACUGAGUUCGGCUUCUUCCAGACGUGUGAGGACGCCAGCUGUCCCUUCUCCCGCAUGCUGACCCUGCAGGCUCAGACCGACCUGUGUGCUGAGGUGUUCAACAUCCCCCAGCACAGUCUGCCCGGACACAUCGCCUUCACCAACAAGUACUAUGGAGGAGACCACCCCGACAUCGACAGGGUGCUCUAUGUCAACGGUAACAUUGACCCCUGGCGUGAGCUCAGCGUUCUGGAAGAGGACUUGGACAAGGAGGACAAAGAUAUGGCCAUCCUCAUCAAGGGCACCUCCCACUGUGCCGACAUGAAUCCCGGCGGCGCUGCAGACCGCCCCGCCCUGAAGCAGGCCCGCAAAGCUAUUGAGAGGAAAGUUGCCAAGUGGCUGAAGGAAGCUGCCUGGAAGUUUGUCGGCUGAUGGACCCAACGACAGGUUACCUGAUCAUCUGACCUUCCUGACCAUUACUCAGCCAAUCAAACUUUGGGCAGUGAAUCACAUGGUGCUGUGGACUGAGCCCCUCUUCAUGUUUCUCCCCAUGGGUCAGGUCCUCUAAGGUGGUGUUCUUCUGUUUUUUUUCUAACAUUCUUCUAGUGUUUUCCCUAUGGUUUUUCCUGGUGUUUUCCUAAUGUUUUUCUAGUGUUUUUCCUGGUGUUUUCCUAAUGUUUUUCUAGUGUUUUUCCUAUGGUUUUUCCUGGUGUUUUUCCUAUGGUUUUUCCUGGUGUUUUCCUAAUGUUUUUCUAGUGUUUUUCCUAUGGUUUUUCCUGGUGUUUUUCCUAUGGUUUUUCCUGGUGUUUUCCUAAUGUUUUUCUAGUGUUUUUCCUAUGGUUUUUCCUGGUGUUUUCCUAAUGUUUUUCUAGUGUUUUUCCUAUGGUUUUUCCUGGUGUUUUUCCUGGUGUUUUCAUAUUGUUUUCCUGGUGUUUUUCUAGUGUUUCUCCCAUGGUUUUUCCUGGUGUUUUCCUAAUGUUUUUCUAGUGUUUUUCCUAUGGUUUUUCCUGGUGUUUUUCCUGGUGUUUUCCUAAUGUUUUUCUAGUGUUUCUUCUAUGGUUUUUCCUGGUGUUUUCCUAAUGUUUUUCUAGUGUUUCUCCUAUGGUUUUUCCUGGUGUUUUUCCUGGUGUUUUCCUAUUGUUUUUCCUGGUGUUUUCCUAACGUUUUUCUAGUGUUUUUCUAACGUUCUUCUAGUUUUUACAUUUGUGGUUUUCUAACGUUUCUCUAACGUUUGUGUUUUUCCUAACGUUUUAUAGUGUUUUUCUAACGUUUUCAUAGUGUUUAUUGAAUGUUUUUAUAGCGUGCUUGAAUUUACUCCAGUAUAUAAGUUAUAGAUUUAUAUUUUAAUAGACAGUUUUAGUAAUUUAGGGAAACACUUAUAAUGCUGUACACAGUAUUUAAGUUUCCUAACUACGCACUGGUAGCGUAUAGCUAACCAGAGAGUCUCAGUAUAAGAUGACUUUAACAUCAUGGAGUGUUCUAAGGUUUACAGACAUUCACACAUUUUCCUUGGUCUGGAUUCAGUGAAGUUAUCUCAGACAAAACAUUAUCUGAAUGUGUGCUGGAUUGCUUUGUAGCUUGUGUGGAUCUUUUUAGGAGGAGUUAAUUUGAUUUCAUCCUGCAAGUUGGAAAAGUAUCAUCAAUAAAAGUUUGCUGAUAAUCUGG